CCUUUAUCCUAUCCCUGCCACAGCCUGCCUGAGAGUCCACCAGGCCAUGGAGGCAGUGGCAGUGUAUCAUGGCAAAAUUAGCCGCGAGACCGGGGAAAAGCUCCUGCUCGCUGCGGGUCUGGAUGGCAGCUAUUUGCUGAGGGACAGCGAGAGCAUCCUGGGGGUGUACUGCCUGUGUGUGCUGUAUCAAGGUUACAUUUAUACAUACCGAGUGUCCCAGACAGAAACAGGUUCUUGGAGUGCUGAGACAGCUCCUGGGGUACAUAAAAGAUUUUUCCGGAAAAUAAAAAAUCUAAUUUCAGCAUUUCAGAAGCCAGAUCAAGGCAUUGUAAUACCUCUGCAGUAUCCGGUUGAGAAGCCCUCUGCUAGAAGCCCACAAGGGAGAAGAGGAAACCCUGAUGUUGGCCUGAAAGCACCAUGAAGAAAAAGAAAACACCUUGCGCUUUAGUUUCAAUAAUUUAAAUAUCUACUGCGUCUGUAUAUUGUUGAUCAUACAGCUGAGUGAGCUACAGCUGCA